AUGUUCGUGGCCACGUCCCGCCGGCAGCCUCGCGUUCACACUUCGUCCCGUCCCAAUUUCGUGUAUGCCAAGUCGGGUAUUUCCUCCACUCAACCUGGCCACACGGCCACAUGUGGGGAGCACAUGCUGAUUGCAGCAGCCACCUUCGGCCUUUCGGGCAUUCCUCGCCCUCAUCUGCCCUUGGCCACUCAAAAAGAGCACAAACGUCUCUUCGCAUUUGCUCGUCUGCCGCCCCCUAUUCCCGACUUCGUCCGGCCCUCUCGGUACCAACGACUUCACCCGCCUCAGGCAGGCAUGCAGGGUCCCGGAGACGAGGCUCACGCCAGUGGGCCUCGCUUUGGAGGCCUCGGACAGGACACCAGACACGCCCCUGCUUGA